UACAGGGGUUUACAUGACCUUAAAAUGACUUGGCAGUGGCCGAGUUUUCUUCUUCUUAAAACUCACUGGCACUGUGUACCAUUAGCCCAUUAGCUUUUAUUUUUCAUGUGGACUAGCCCAAGCCCAAGCCCACUGUGGCCCAUACCGUCCAACCUUGUUCGGAAACCCCAACCAAUUUGCUCGCGGCGGCCGCCACCGUCACCGGUUACCGGAGCACCACGGCCACCCCGCCGUCCAGUCCCGCUGACACGCCAGCGACGGCAGCUUCUAGCGCGACCCAUUCUUCUCCGGCGAUGGAGCGGUUCCUUCGCGAGCGGCUGCUGGACGCAGCGCAGCCCUCGCCGAGCUCUUCCGCGGGUCAUUCUCCGUCCGGCGUCCGCGACCUUCGGCGCGGUGACGGCCCCCUCUGCGCCCCUCCUCCAAGGCCUCCUCCCGUCGACCCGUUCGCCCCACUUUAGCCGCUGAUGGCAUUCUUGUGACUUGUGCAAGUAUCCUCGUUCCACUGCAGGAAGAUGGAGCUUUCCAGUAGAUUUACUGCUUUGUUCUGCUUAUUUUCUGCGGCUAAUAGGAAUGAGAUAGUGUGUCUAUUAUGAAUAAAUUCAUGAAUUUCUGGUACUAACAGUGCCUGUUUAUUCAACAUAGUUGGAGCUCACAAGUUUUGGUGCCCUUGUUUCCCCCCAAUUCAGUAACCCUAGAAAUGUAUUGUUAUAAGUUUUCUUUCGUCCGCAAAAGAUACUUGGAAAUAACAAUGUACUGAUAGUGGCGUGCAGGCUGCAGUUUAUUUGCCAGAUAUUAGCACACACACUGCAGCCUCCAACUCAAGAGAAGAAUCCUCUGAUCCUGUUAGUUCAUAUGAUCUUUGCGCAAAGAAAUCCAAGAGCGCUCGGGAGGCAGUUGCGUACCUGAACAGAAAAUCUGACGGAGAGUCAACGAGAUUUGGAGAAGUCUUUCUGAAAUGUCUAGAAAUAGCUGGUUAGCGUCAUAAGGUACCAUGGUGAGUUUUCUGUUCUUACUGCUGUAAAAUUUCUGAGAAAUACAUGCAGUCUAUAGAGUCCACUCAACUUCGAGUUGAAGAUGAAUUAGCUUAGCUAGAGAUAUACUGAGGAACUAAGCCUGGCUCAAUUCAUGGCUUGUAACCUGCAAGUUCAGAUUUUGUUAAGUUCACCUCCUUGGUACUUGUAUAUAGUUGCCUACUUAAUUUUCUUUUAAGACAAUGGAAGCUGUUAUAAAAGAUAACCAUUAGCUGGAACAAACUUGGUAGCAGGUCAUUUGGCCACCAUUAACUAUCUGAUGGUGCCUACUUGACUUGGAAACGGUCAAACUAUCAGUCUCCACAAUUAAUCAUCUGAUGGCGCAUAUAUUGUGUGUGGCUAGUGAUAAGCGUAUGAAGACUCAAGAGUAACUAUUCCCAUAUGACCUGUGGCACACCAAAAUAUAAGUCUGGAGCUUUCUUCAUCACUGAAUAUUGUUAUCAUUCAUCAACGAUAUUUUCACUCGCAGUUGCGUGCUGGUGCUGCAAUUAACCUGCAACACUAGAUGGUCAUGGUCGAUGGUACCCUCAAAUCCCAAUAGAGUGCAACUCUGACAGUGAAACAAGAUCCAUCCUCCAAACCAGAAAAGGUCAAAUAUAUGGCUCUGAGGUCACCUCUGGUCCCUGUCUAGUGGAAAAUUCUACAAGAGUCACAGUUACGUUUAACCCGUCUUGCACGCAGCAAGACUCGUGCUUGCAUUGACUGGAGCUUUCCCAGGCCCGUUGCAUUAAGUGGACGACUUUAGGAAGACCGGGCUAAAAACUUGAGUUAAUAUCCAUAACAAGAUAUGUCAUCGCACUAAUUAUUUUGGAUCAUUGCACUGAUUGUUGUCUUAUUGCAGUACCACUACAUAUACUUACGUCCAUUUGGACAUCUGAGCUCAUGCUGUAGGUUCAGUACCGUGUUAGACUAAUGGCUUCCAUUCACUGGGCGCUACUACUCUUUCUUGUACAACUCCCCAUACUGGCCACCUCCAGAGCUCACAGUAAUGGUAACCUCACCCUGUGGUGCCAUCAAGACCAGGCUGCAGCCCUUCUCCAACUGAAGCAAUCCUUUUCUGCUGCAGCAAUCACCGCCACUCUCCUUCCGUCAUGGGAAAACGGCACCAAUUGCUGUAUCUGGAAGGGCAUUAGCUGUGAUGCUUCUUCUGGUCUUGUGACUGUACUCGACCUCAGUGGGCAUGGCUUGAACAGUUAUGGCUUGGACCCUGCGCUCUUCAGCCUCAGAUCCCUUCAACGCCUUGAUCUUAGCAUGAACUCUUUGGGGGACUACAGUUACAACAUCUAUUGGCAUCAGAAAUUUGAGAGGCUUAGUUCGCUAACCCAUCUCAACCUCUCCAAUUCGGGCUUGGAUGGCCCUAUACCUAUUGGCAUCAGCAAACUCGUUAACCUUGUCUCCUUGGAUCUUUCAAGUCACACAGUUUUCAGUGACGAUGAUCCUAUCUCUACAGCUGACAGUUUUAAUCAUCUUUGGGAGCCCAAUUUUGAGACCCUAGUAGGGAACCUCAACAAUUUAAGAGAGCUCUACCUUGAUAAAUUGCAGAUAAUGUCUAGCAGCGGUGAAGAUUGGGGCAAAGCUCUAGCAAAAUAUGUUCCUAAUCUUCAGGUUCUUAGCUUGAGCGGAUGCGGGCUGAAUGGCCCUAUCCAUCAUUCUCUCUCAAGCCUCCAAUCUCUUGUUGCGAUCAACCUUGGAUCCAAUGAUGUUGGUCCGAUUCCAGAGUUCUUUGCAGAUUUUCCCAAUCUAAGUGAGCUUCAGCUUUCACAUAUGAAUCUUCAGGGUUGGUUCCCUCAAAGAUUUUUUCAACUAAAAAAAUUAAGGGUCCUAGAUUUGUCCUCAAACCCGAAUCUCUCGGGGCAUUUGCCAAACUUUCCCCAUGCAAGUUCUCUACAUACUCUGAGGCUAGAGGGGACCAACUUCUCCUAUGCUAAACCAAGUUCUUCUGGCGAUUUGAAGCUGUUGAGGGAGUUAACUAUUGACGGGAAAUUUCUGUCGAUGGAUUUUCUCUCUUCAUUCGGUGUACUUGGGUCUUUAUGCCAGUUGAAAGUUAAUUUGAUGGACUCACAAAAUGAUUUGGGACCGAUUUUUUCAUGGAUUGGAGACCUCAGAAACUUGGCGAGCUUGGAUAUCUAUAGGUGCGACUUCUCUUGGACAACGCCUUCCUCCAUUGGCAACCUGAAGGCGUUGCGAAGCUUGAGGAUGUUUGAUUGCAACCUCCCUAGGCCCAUACUGUCUGAAAUUGGCAAUCUCAUUAACUUGCAAAAGUUGGAAAUAUCUGGUAUGCACGACUGCAAAUUGCAUGGUUCAGUUACAUCCUCAAUAGGCAACCUCACAAAUUUAAGAAGCUUGUUUAUGGUGAAUUGUGAUUAUUGCGGAGCAAUUCCAGCUGCAAUUGGCUAUCUCAGAAACUUAAGAAGAUUGGCAAUCUACAGUUGUGACUUUACUGGGGCCUUACCAUCUGCAGUUGGGAACCUCACUAAUUUGAAAAGCAUGGUUAUUUCGUUUAGUAAGCUUUCUGGGCCAAUACCUUAUGCAAUUGGGCAACUCAAGGAAUUGACACAGCUAACUAUUGAAGUCGGGAACAUUUCUGGGAGGAUACCAGGUUCACUUCUCAAUUUAACUCGACUGACAAAACUGGAUCUCUUUCAUAAUCAUAUGAGCGGUCAUAUUCCGGCACCACUUUUCGCUCUUCCAAAAUUAUCCUACUUGAAUCUUGGUCAAAACCAACUUUCUGGUCCUAUAGGAGAGUUCGACGCACCCUCUUCAUGCUUACAGUUCGUGGUUUUGAGCAGAAAUUUAUUGGCAGGACAAUUUCCCAAGUCAUUCUUUCAGCUUUCAGAGUUGUCUGGUCUAGAAAUCAACUUGAACAACUUUGUAGAUUCAGUGGAUCUUUCAUCAUUUGGGAGGUUACGAAAGCUCACCGCUUUGGAUCUUUCACAUAAUAAGUUGUCUGUUACAAUUGACGAAGGCAAUAACCCUCUGUCUACCUCUCUGUUUGGACUGGACGAAUUGGGACUAGCAUGUUGCAAUAUAACCAAAUUUCCUAGUUUUUUGACACAUGUUGACAGAAUGGUUUAUCUAGACCUUUCUUGCAACAAAAUCACUGGGGAUAUACCAAAUUUGAUAUGGGAGAGAUGGAGCAAUAGCCUUUUACAACUAAAUCUUUCACACAACAUGUUCACCGGUAUGCAACAUACUUCAUAUAUUCUUCCAUUCAGUGAUUACCUGGAAGUAUUUGAUCUUAGUUCUAAUAGGCUUCGAGGAAAACUUCCUAUUCCAAACUCAUCAUCAGAAUAUUUGGAUUAUUCACACAACUUUUUCUCUUCUGUUCUUCCAAACUUCACUCUAUAUCUCAGUCACACCAACUAUCUCAGUAUGUCCAACAAUAGUAUAAAUGGAUAUAUACCAGAAACAAUUUGCGAUUCCAUGUUGAAUGUCCUUGACCUAUCAUAUAACAACUUUAGGGGGGCGAUUCCGUCCUGUUUGAUAGAAAAUGCUGAAGGGGCCGUAUUAAAUUUGAGAGAGAAUCACUUUGAAGGGACGUUGUCAUCCAAUAUUACAAGCAAAUGCGCUUUCCAGACAAUAGAUUUACAUGACAACAAUAUUGAAGGACAACUUCCGAGGGGACUUGCUAACUGCAGUUAUUUGGAGGUUCUUGACAUUGGAAACAAUCGAAUAGUUGAUACUUUCCCAUCCUGGCUAGGGGAGCUUUCCAAUCUAUAUGUUCUUAUCUUAAGAUCUAACCAAUUCUAUGGUUCCAUAGAUAAUGUUAUUUGGAACCACCAAUCUGGAGGGUACUUCUCUAGCUUGCAAAUUCUUGAUCUUUCCUUGAACAACUUCUCCGGCAAAAUGAAUUCAGAAUGGUUUGGUCAGUUGAAAUCAAUGAUGACCAACUUCAAUGGUUCUGGAGAUACUGUCCGUGCUACAAACUUAGAAGGUAUGGUGGAAUACUACCAAGAUUCUACCGAGAUCAGUUACAAGGGGUCUGACGUGACAUUUGGAAGGAUCCUGACCACUUUAACAACAAUUGAUCUUUCAAAUAAUAGAUUGGAAGGUAAUAUUCCUGAGUCAGUUGGACGACUUGUUUCACUACGUGUACUGAACAUGUCACACAAUGGAUUCACGGGAAAAAUUCCAACCCAGCUUGGUAGGGUGACUAAUAUGGAGUCACUAGACCUGUCUUGCAACCAACUUUCUGGGGAGAUUCCACAGGAACUCACAAAUCUCACCUUUCUGGCCAAUCUGAACUUGUCCGACAACCGGUUGGUGGGGAAGAUACCGCAGUCACGCCAGUUCCUCACAUUUGAAAGUAAUUCAUUCGAAGGGAAUUUGGGGUUGUGUGGACCGCCAUUCUCCAAACCCUGCAGCGUUUAUUUUACUCCUCCAAGCAUGGCACUCGUGGAGAAGUCAUCUGAUGUGGACGUCAUCCUGUUUCUCUUCGUCGGGCUAGGCUUGGGUGUUGGAUUUGCAGCUGCCAUUCUCAUGACAUGGGGUCAAAUCGGCAAAUGGUUUAUUAAGUUGGCAAGAGCUCUGAGGACUUGAUCUGAAUUUCGAAGUCUGUUUCCAGGUGCAAGCUUGCUGUCCUGCAGGAGAGCUUAUCCGUCUGCUGCAGUUGUUGCUUCUGAAGUAUUGUAAGUGUCGGCUUUUAUCUAGUAUAUUUUGUGCUGUGCUUUCAUGUAUUAAGCCUCUGCUAAUGGCUAGAUGGCUGGACAUCUUGUAAUCUCUCUCCCGUAUCUGUUUGUUGUUAUCUUCAGUUUAAAGUGUGAUCAUGUAUAUGUUUGAAAAAAG